AUGCCUUCCACAAAUCAGACUCCAAGUCCAGAUCAGCCGUUCCCACUAUCUCUAAAACGGGAGCUUUCUUCUAUACCCCGGGCCGACGACCCAAAUAACAAAAAAUGGGAAUACCCUUCGGCACAAAUGUUCUGGAAUGCCAUGAUCCACAAAGGGUGGCGCUGGUAUGACGAGGAUAUCUCCUCUGAUGUCAUGGAUUCUAUCGUGAGCAUUCAUAAUGAAAAUAAUGAGAAAGCCUGGCUCGAAGUGCUAAAAUGGGAGGCUCUCCAUGCACAAGAGUGCAUGAAACCAAAAUUACGAAGUUUUGUUGGAAAUUCCAAAAAAUACUCACCUCGCGCUCGUAUUCGUCAGUUUAUGGGGCUAUAUUUUCAUGUCUAA